UCGCAGCGCGUCACGUUCACCACGUAUGCGGGCGGCAGGCUCUCCAACAGCGUUCACGGCAUCAAGCUGCCUCAGGCCCUGGUAACUGCUCUCUACCCCCGAGAGCCUCAAGGCCGGGCCAAGGACCCGCCGCGGCGCCUCGCCGUCAGCCUGCAGCCAGUAGUGAAUGGGCAGCCCUGGGGGCCGCGGAUUCACACGCACAUAACCAAGGGGUCCCAUGUGUCGGCGGGGCUGGCUGGGCUGCGGGGGCUCGUGGGGUCGCGGACAGCUGGCUUCCGGCGCGCGGCGGGGCCCGCGGCAAUUGAUGUGAUAAUUGAACAGGGCGACGGGCAGCAGCAUGACGACGGGGCCAUGGAGGAGGGGGCGGAGGAGGCAGAGGAGG